AUGCAAACAGUAUGUUGCCCCACUAGAGACAGAGAUAACCAAUCUGUGUUAUAUAACAGUUGGAAACAUAUUCAUGCAUUAAAGUUUCAGGCAGUUGUAACACCAGAUGGCAUCACCUCCAGCUUACUAGGUCCUUUCAUUGGCUCAUGUCAUGACCAUUUUAUUUAUACCAUCUCAAAGAUUGAAAAUAGAUUGAAGAAAUACUUGGCCCCAACAUCAGACUCAGAGAAGUAUUACGCAUUAUAUGAUCACAACAAGUUUUGUAAUAAGUCUAUGUCAAAAGUUCAUAUUGCAGUUGAGUGGGAUUUUGGAGAAGUACAAAAGUAUUUUAAAUACUGCAAAUACAAAUACGCAAUGAAGACAAAAGAAAACAACCUGGCAAAAAUUUACCAGUUGUCAUCAAUAUUUAAAAAUAUGUAUCAUUGCAUUAAUCACAAAAAGUUGUCCACUGGUUCCUAUUUUAAUUUGCUACCACCAUCUCUUGAAGACUAUAUCUCUGGAUAG